AUGGUUACUGUCAUCACCUCUGCCGAACAAUUCAAAGAAGCUAUUGCUCAAGACAAAUUGGUUGUCGUUGAUUUCUUUGCUACUUGGUGUGGUCCUUGUAAAAUGAUUGCUCCUUUAUUAGAAAAAUUCUCUAACGAAUAUUCAAAUGCUGCCUUCUAUAAAAUUGAUGUCGAUGAUUUAGGUGCUGUUGCUCAAGAACAAGAAGUUAGUGCUAUGCCAACUAUCAUCUUCUACAAAAACGGUGCUGUUGUUGAUAAAGUUAUUGGUGCUAAUCCAAAUGCUAUUAAACAAAAAAUUACUUCAAACUUAUAA